UAGCGCGACCUCCUGUACUGUAGAAUGUAGUAUGGACCAUAGGACAGGACGAAUAAGUCCCGUUAAGAAGCUGUGGAGGCCUAAGAUGCUCUACUAGUCUGCUGGAAAUCCAAAGAAGACGAAGGAGUAAAAAGCAAAAUGACGUUUGACAGUGAAGACCUAAACGUGGCCACUGGCCAUUGUUGUUUCUCUAUUUGUAUUUAGUACAUACAUGUACGCAUAUAUGUCGUGUAGUAGAUGAAACAUUGUUAGUCAUUGUUUGUAUCCGGAUACAUUAGUCUGAGCGCACUUUAUGUGCUAGCUUAGCUUGCUAGUUAGCUUAGCUUGUUAGCUGCUAACAAAGAGACGCGGACGUUAUCAACACAUCGCUAAGUAGAGAUCAAAUGUGAGUGUAAAGUGUUGUGAUUGUGUGAAAAUGUGCGAAAGAACGAUAGCAAAGUAUGAGGAGGAACUUUGUCCAACAAAAGAGGAGAAGGAGCGACAACAUCAACUACAGGACGCUGUUUUCAAGAAACACCAAGUUGUGUUACACAGAACAGACGUCCAGCAGCGCACCCACAUUAAAGAGGAAGAGGAGGAUCCACAGCCGCCCCACAUUAAAGAGGAAGAGGAGGAAGUGUGGAUCACUCAGGAGGAAGAGUCUCUUCUAGGGCAGGAGGAGGCUGAUCUCAGCAAGUUUCCACUGACUGUUGUCUCUGUGAAGACUGAAGAGCAUGAAGACAAACCACCUGAGUCCUCACAGCUUCAUCACAGUCCAAACGUCCAGCAGCGCACCCACAUUAAAGAGGAAGAGGAGGAUCCACAGCCGCCCCACAUUAAAGAGGAAGAGGAGGAAGUGUGGAUCACUCAGGAGGAAGAGUCUCUUCUAGGGCAGGAGGAGGCUGAUCUCAGCAAGUUUCCACUGACUGUUGUCUCUGUGAAGACUGAAGAGCAUGAAGACAAACCACCUGAGUCCUCACAGCUUCAUCACAGUCCAAACGUCCAGCGGGUGUCAGCGGGGAGUCAUGAAGAGGAGUGGCACACCAGUGUGGGACAGAAGGAGCUACAGGCCCCCUCCCACAUUAAAGAGGAGCAGCUUCAUGAUGAAGAUGAAGCUCAGUCCUUACAGCUUCAUCACAGUCAAUGUGAGGAGAACAGAGGGGCGGAGCUUGUAAGUCAACACAUCACAGAAGCUGAUGGAGAGCAUUGUGAAGAUAUAAAGUCAGAACCAGACAGCAUCUUUGCUCCACUGUCAGACAUGGACCACAUGAUGUCAGACUCUUCUGAUCACAGUGACCACAUCCAAAAACCUUUGGAGAGUAAAAAUGACUCUAAAGGUGAUACGAGACAUCACACUAACAACAAACACUUUGACUGCUCUGAAUGUGGGAAAUCAUUUAGACGGGAGAGUCUUUUUACAGUACACAUGAGAAUACAUACUGGAGAGAAACCUUUUACUUGCUCUGUUUGUAAGAAGAGUUUCUUCAGAAAGGGUGACAUGACCACUCACAUGAGAACACAUACUGGAGAGAAACCUUUUGCCUGCUCAGCUUGUGCCAAAAGAUUCAACACUAAGAAUGACAUGACCACACACAUGAGAACACACACAGGUGAGAAACCUUUUACUUGCUCUGUUUGUAAGAAAAGUUUCUCCAGAAAGGAACGCAUGAACACACACAUGAGAACACACACUGGAGAGAAACCUUUUACUUGCUCAGCUUGUGCUAAAAGAUUCAACACUAAGAAGGAAAUUAUAUUGCACAUGACAACACACACAGGUGAGAAACCUUUUACUUGCCCUGUUUGUAAGACGAGUUUCUCCAGAAAGCAAAGCAUGACCAGACACAUGAGAACACACACUGGAGAGAAACAUUUUGUUUGCUCAGCUUGUGCUAAAAGAUUCAACACUAAGAAGGAAAUUAUAUUGCACAUGAGAACACACACAGGUGAGAAAACUUUUACUUGCUCUGUUUGUAAGAAGAGUUUCUACAGAAAGCAAAACAUGACCACACACAUGAGAACACACACUGGAGAGAAACCGUUUAAUUGCACUGUGUGUGAUAAGAUGUUCAGGUUUAAGAAUCAGGUCAGUAAACACAAGUGUGUAAGAGUCAUGGAAGCUGCAGGGAUUUAAAAACACUUAAAGGCCUACUGAAAGCCACUACUACCGACCAC